CGCGGACAUGACCUGUUUUCGUACGUUGGACCCUGCAAUGGAAGCGUGUUAUAGAAGCCUAGGUAACCAAUGGUCAGUGGCAAGGCGGCAGAGGUGGGUCGCGAGCGCCACUCAAGGUUUCGCGUACCUCCGCGCCACAGGCAUUUGCCGCUCCUCGCCCCUUCCGGCCCCUCCCUGUCGCGUGUAAGGCGCUUGUGCAGAAGCGUCCGGAGCCAGCGCGGUACACCAGGGGUUGGAAAAACCACACUCGGCAAAGAACUUGCAUCAAGAUCAGGAUUGAAAUACAUUAAUGUGGGUGAUUUAGCUCGAGAAGGGCAGCUUUAUGACGGCUAUGAUGAAGAGUAUGACUGUCCUAUUUUAGAUGAAGAUAGAGUUGUUGAUGAGUUAGAAAACCAAAUGAGUGAAGGUGGAGUUAUUGUUGAUUACCAUGGUUGUGAUUUUUUCCCUGAACGUUGGUUUCAUAUAGUUUUUGUGCUGAAAACAGAUAACAGUGUUUUGUACAAAAGACUUGAAACAAGGGGUUAUAACGAGAAGAAACUAAAAGACAAUAUUCAGUGUGAAAUUUUUCAAGUUCUCUAUGAAGAAGCCUUAGCAUCCUACAAGGAAGAAAUAGUGCAUCAGCUACCAAGUGAUAAACCAGAAGAUCUGGAGGAUAAUAUUAAUCAGAUAUUGAAAUGGAUUGAGCAGUGGGUCAAAGAUCAUGGCUCUUGACUUACAAGAAUGGACACUUUAUACUCACUCUUGAUAUCUUCCCUAUCCUAUAAAUUGUUCAGUUAUCAGUAGAACUUUUGCAUUGAAAUUGUGGAUAGUUAAAAGUUUAUGUUUGGGGUUUUUUUCCUCCAUGAGAAAGCUAAACAAUUUCAAGUAUAAUGAAUAAUAAUAAUAUUAUUAAGGAUUAGAAGUUAAAACUAUCAUUGUUUAAUGCUUCAGUUGCUAAAGAAUAGAUAAAUCUGACCAAAUGGGUUGCUAUCUUUUAAGUUUAUUAUGGAAGAAAAUGAAGAUGAUCUCUUAAAAUAAAACUUA